AUGGGCAAGAAAAGAAUUAAUGAAGUAAGCACCACUGAAGGCGCUCCAGCCGAGAAAAAGAAAAAAGUGGAAAAGUGGUUGAAUACGUCGUCAGAAGAUGGAGAGGGCACCAAGAAAAAGAAGAGACCCUGGAGGAACAAGGUUCGGAAGCUAGCAGCGAAGAAGGCAGCAGCCGAGAGAAGAGUUGAGAAUUCUGAAGAAUCGACAAUUCUGGAACCAGUGGCCACCGCAGAGGAGGCGACAAAAAAGAAAAAGAAGCGAGGACCAAAAAAGAAGAAGUACAAGCCAGAAGCCGCUGAGGUGGAGAAGAAGAAUGAGGAAGGAGAUACCGUGAAAGAGAAUCCAAUCGCCGAGGCUAAGAAGAGAUUAGAUGCUGGAAGAUUCCGUAUGCUCAACGAAAAACUUUACACGUGUACUGGUUCUGAAGCUUUUGAUUUCUUCAAGGAGGAUCGUACGGCUUUCGAUCUCUAUCACAGGGGAUUCGCUGAUCAGGUCAAAAAAUGGCCUAACCAUCCACUUCGCGAGAUCAUUCGUUGGCUUCAAGCCAAGCCCGACAAGCAAGCAGUCUUCGAUUUGGGAUGUGGUGAGGCGAAAAUAGCAGAAGCCGUCGGAGAGAAACACACGAUUCGCUCAUUCGAUUUGGUGGCUGUGAAUGAUAGGGUCGAGUCGUGUGACAUGUCGAAAUUGCCAGCAGAGGAUGGAUCCGCUGAUGUUGUGAUCUUUUGUUUAUCAUUAAUGGGAACAAAUCUUUACGAUUUCAUCAAAGAAGCAAGGAGAGUGCUGAGAACUGGCGGAGUGCUGAAAAUUGGCGAAGUCACGUCUCGCUUCGUCUCUAUCAAACAGUUUUGUGAAGCAAUCAACAAAAUGGGAUUCGAAACGACAAAUCGCCGUCAACUCACCGAUUAUUUCAUGAUGUUCGAUUUCCGAAAAAUUGACAAAGUCGAGCAGAAGCGACCGUACGGACUCAAAUUGAAACCUUGUCUGUACAAAAAGCGCUAA